CAAGAAGCCGCCGUCGCCAACGCAAGACAGCUUGUCGAGAAACUCAACGAACACUGCUUCGAGCGCUGCAUCCCCAAGCCCGGUUCCUCCUUGUCCUCGGGCGAGUCCACCUGCUACUCGCAGUGCAUGGAAAAAUACAUGUCGGCCUGGAACGUCGUCUCCAAGCAAUACAUCAACCGCAUACAGAGAGAG